AUGUUUGCAAGACUUCCUCGACAAGUCUCUCAAAGGGCUCUUGCCACAAGGAGAUCAAUUUCCUCAACAUGCUCUCGCCGCUCUGAUGCCUUGUUCGUUCAUCGGGACACACCAUAUAACAAUCCCAAGAUUCCUUUCGAAUUCGAUGCUCCCAAUCUGAAGCGCGCAGAGGAAAUAAUCAAGCGCUAUCCUCCACAAUACAAAAAGGCCGCUGUUAUUCCUCUUCUUGAUCUUGGCCAGAGACAGAACAAAGGAUGGACGAGUAUCAGCGUGAUGAACUAUGUCGCCAGACUCUUGGAGAUGCCUCCCAUGCGGGUCUACGAGGUCGCUACUUUCUACACCAUGUUCAAUCGUGAACCCAUUGGCGAAAACUUCGUUCAAGUUUGCACGACCACCCCGUGUGCGCUCCGUGGUUCUGGUGAAAUCUUGAAGACUGUCUGCAACGAAUUAGGUGGAAUCAAGCCAGGAGAGACGACUAAGGAUGGGAAGUUUACUGUUAUUGAAGUUGAAUGUCAGGGUGCGUGUAGCAAUGCACCUAUGCUUGUUAUCGGGGAUGAUUUCUACGAAGACUUGACUCCCGAAUCUACGAAGUCCAUACUAGGCGCCUUCGCAAAGGGGCAGAAACCAAAGCCUGGGCCGCAGAGUGGCCGUCAAACUAGCGAGAACGCUGCUGGGCUUACUACGCUUACAACAAAGCCUUAUGGUCCAGGAGAGUUUUGUUUACCCGAGUUCCAGUAG